GCUGCUUGUCCGACCUCGACGAGGCAACGGAUUCGCACUGCUGUCGUCGUACAGGAAGGUAAAGAGGACGGGUGAGCAACCGAGUUAGUGUAAUAGCGUAGAGAGAGAGAGAGAGAGAGAGAGAGAGAGAGAAAGAUAGUCAGACAGACAGAAAGAGAGGGAGAGAGAGAAAGAAAGAGAGAGAUAGUAGAGACGGACGAACAGCAGAGAAAGAGAAGAAUUUAAGAAGAGAUAACGAUAAGGUAUCGGACACUAAUGAUACGCCGUGGCGACCACAAGAGUGUCGAGUGUGCGUGUAAACGGUGCUAGAAGAGAGCAAGAUUCGGUGGAUCGUAAUUUCAUCUUGCUUUUGGUAAAAUAAGAAGGAAAUAUUACUAGUAUUACUAUCUCACUACUACUCCGUACACUGCUAGCUGUGUGACGGUUAACCAACAAGGACGAGACAGCGGAACAGUCUUGACAUUUUUGUGAGAAAGCAACAACGACGACAAAGGCGACGAAGACGACACAACAGUGAACAAAGAGGCUUUUAAUCUUACAGAAAGUCUUGUCUCCUCUUUCUUCGUGGUUCAUCAUUCCUUAACGUUAUCGUUUUCAUUUUCAUCUUCAUCUUUUUUCUCUUCUUCUUCUUAUUCUUCUUCUUUUCCUUUUCUCUCCUCUUGCCUCUUCCUUCUUCUCUUCUAUAUCGAUAAGGUCCCCGUGCAAACGGAAACCUUUGGUAUAUCUCCCACAUCGCACACAGUCACGCGAUACCGCGUACAUUAGCUCCACGAGAUGGAGAGACGAGCUGCUUUUGUGCUGCUGGGAAUGCUAUAUUUAGCAGGCACCCUCGAGUCCGUCCAGGCAGUGAACUAUACGGGACCGAGGCUCGUACACAAGGGUCAACCUUGGAGUAUUGAAUGCAGCGGCCUCCAGCCGGACGAUAACAUUAGGUGGACUAGAAAUGGUCAAACUCUCGAGCCGGAGUUGGCGAGCGGUCAGUUGGUCGUCCGUUCGAAGGCCAAAACCGGAGGAAGUGAGCUAGCAGCAAAUCAGGCCACGGAGUUCCAUGAAGGCGACUACAAGUGCACGCCCGACAGUUCCGACGUUUUUCAUCUAUUUCUAUAUUUCGAUGUGAAGAUUCGAGUACUUACACAGAAGGAGGUACCUCUGUCAUUGGAGUGCGCUAAUCGAAGUUCCGGAGAGAAAGUAGUAUGGUAUAAAGAAAAAAUACCGAUAUUGACGGCAUUAGUUGGUAAAGAGGAACUCAUCAAGAUUGAUAACGAGACUGGCACUCUGGAAGUAUUGAAAGCAGACGAUAUUGCCGUUUAUGGAAAUUAUUCUUGUAAAGUAGGCAAUGUUUCGACAGACUACAGGAUCGUACCAAAACCGUCCGUUGUCUUACCCGAAUCGAUAAGCGUAGUCGAAGGUGAGAAAUUGCUUUUGGUAUGUAAUGGUAAGCACAGUCCAGGUGUGAAGAUAGUAUGGACGUUUGGCAAUCAAAAUUACACCACUAGCAAGGGUAGAGUCAAGAUUUCGCGCGAUCAAGAGAGAGGAAUUAACGGUGCUGUUUUGACUGUCGAAAACAUUGAGAUGAACGAUCGCGGCAAUGUUUGCUGUAGGGUAUCUUACAAUUGGUCCGACACAACGGAGGGUCAUUCCGCGGAAGCUGUUUCCUUACUUAGGGUCAAGGACAAGCUCGCUGCACUUUGGCCUUUCCUUGGUAUUUGCGGUGAGGUCGUAGUACUCUGUGCUAUCAUUCUCGUUUAUGAAAAGAAACGAAAUAAGGCCGAACUUGACGAGUCCGAUACCGAGCAGAGUCCUGAUACCAAACCAACGCCUAACAAAGAUUCCGAGGUCAGGCAGAGAAAGUGAAGAAACAGAAUUUAAGCGGCGGGAGAACGAGAGCUAUACAUAUAUACCAAGAGAAAAAAGCGAUAUAAGGAAAAAAUAACGUGGUAUUUCAUGGAGUGAUUACUUAAAUCAGCCCGGAAUACUUAGCGAAUACGGAUUUUUUUGAGGAAAUAAAAAAAAA